AUGUCUGUCGCCACCGAAUCCAGCGUGCGCUCGAACCGCUUCUCCACCUCUUUCCCUGUCCAACCGGCCAUUCCCAGCUCCCCAACGCAUUUUACGCAGUCACCGACACGAGAGGGCCCUGCAGUCUCCCCUGAGGCUCUGUCAGCGCCCACUGGUCCAAGCGACACCAACUUCCUUACUGCGAUAGCGGCGCAGGAGCGGAAAGUGCUGGAGUUAAGGGAGGAGCUGCAACGCGCAGAAGCAGAACUCAACAACUUGAAGAGGCAUUGGGCGCAGCACGAAGCCAGCAAGAAGCGAAAUGAUGCGCGGAGGCUCACCAAGCUGCAGCCUGUGCAGCAAGAGCGACCAACUUCUGUGGACAUGGAGGAGGAACUUGAUGGCUCAGGUGCUUGGAUGCUACAGGAGAUGGAGAGGAGGAGGGCGCUGAUGAAUGGCGGCAGGACGGGUAAUCGAAGGGUAUUCUCCAGUUCACGGCAUACGCGCACACUAUCUCUGCUUCCGCCUGCACGAGACAUUCUUCCUAAGCUUCCGCCAAGGAAGCAAAGCGAGCCCCAAGGCAGCAAGUCGAGUACAGAUUCAGAGAGAACGCGACCGACACUGCUAGCGCGGGCUUCUACCACACCAGACUUGACGAGGGAGGUCGCAGAGAAAGCAGACUCCGAGAUUAACCUUCCUAACAACAUUGAAACUGGCCUUGGCAGUGAAGCGAUCAUGUUGGCGGGCAAGAAGAUGGCAACAGAGUUCCGUGACGGCCUGAUGACGUUCUGGGAGGACCUUAGGCAGGCCACCGUUGGCGAAGAAGCCAUCCGGGAAGACGGCGAGUAUCAGACUAAUAACCCACCGCAAUCGAGCGUAAGAAGGCAGAACUCCACACCGUCUCCCACGCGUAGACACAACAGAAGCAAAACGCAAGCUGCUUUGCCCGACCUGGCCGAUACAACAUUCUGGUCGCAGCAUGAAGACGAAGCAACGCCUGCUCCUGCGGUGAAACGGUCGCCCACUGCGCGCAGUACCCGCACCAAGACCAGGGGCUCGUCGAAGCCGCCCUCAAUUACAAGCACCGACGGUUGGGACGCAUGGGAAGAUCAUGGUAGCCCCAACGAGUCACGCUCAUCUAGCGCAGCUUCGGAGACGAACACGCUGCCCUCAUCAGCUGCCUCUGGAUUAGGAAGCCCUAGGACGAGCGCUGAGAAGAAAGAUCCUCUUCCAUGGCCAGCACUCAGCAAGCUGGGUCCAGCGACUCUAAAACGUACAGCCAGCCACCUAAUGAGGGAGUGGGAACGGAGCUUGACGCCGUCGCCCGGUAGAGAGUUCAGGGGGGUGGAGGACUACCUAGGCUUGCAGUCAAGCCCUGCUGCUGCUGCUGACGAUGUUGGAAAGAAGAAAGAUUAG